AUGACUGCUUCUGAAGAGCUGGAUGCUUUAUUCCCUCUGCCUACCCGGCGACAGGAUUCAUUUUGUCCGGACUGGCUUCCCGGUGUUACAUCCGAAAGCAAACUCGCUGUCUCCAGAGUUCUGAAGGCCAAUCACGAACAACGACAUGCAUUUAUCAAUGAGUACGGAUUCCAUAACCACACAUCUCACCACCUACUGGCUGUGUUCGCUCUGGGUGCUCCUCCUCCCAUAUUCGAUGCAAUAUUUGGAGACCAUAAGAGCCGCACUCUUCCGACGUUAGAGUCUCCUGGUGUGAUUGACGAAGAUAAUUUCUUUGAACAUCUCGGAAAGAGAGUGUACUACGAUGCAUAUCUCCAACACUUCCAUAAAGUAGUUUUAGAAAAGGGUGCAAGUGCCGCUAUGGAAGAAUACUUAUUCUCCCCUGCGGCCAACUUCUCCGAGACGCAAUCUGACAGCCAGAGGCAAAUGCUCACGCGCACAUUUUCGAUGCUGUUCCACCCGAUGAUUUAUCUUGGAUAUGGGCUCGAAUUUGGCAUCCCUGGACUUGUUGCCGAAGGCCUUGCGCAGAUCGCCACCCAUCCGCUUCAAGGGGAGGGUCUGAUUACUCGUGAAGAGUUUCGGACGCAGAGUGGGGUUACAACUGGUGCUUCUGGCUUUGUUUCGUCCUUCGCGUCUCUCCUCCUCAACAAGGAGCGUAGCCUCUCGGCCCCUAAGUCGACCAAUGUGCAUGCCUUGACUAUUCUUGCGCGUGUCCUUCGGGAUGAGCGUUUCUCUUCAACGUCCAUUCGCUUUGCUCCCGUGGGCCAUCGAUCUGAAAUCCUGUCACACUACAGUCAGGUUCUAGCAGAACUUGGCGACGUAUUGCGGUCGUAUGUAAAGGAGUGGUAUAUGGACUAUGACGACCCCGCACGGGUGGAAAGUAAGGUAGAGGAGCUCUGCUGGACGAACACUCUGCUGUAUAGUGUUGGCGGAUGGGGUGGGAGGAAUGUGAAGGCUGGCAAGACUUUCACUGCUGACUUCUUUUUGAUGCACAUGGUCACAUCGAGCAUCUUUGUCUCGUCCACUGUCACGUACCUGUCUCCUUCAUCUAUUGUCCAAUUCCUCCGAGCAUAUUUUAUAUCUUCCAUCGCUUGGUGGGUCGCACGAGGCCGCCCGCUGCUUCCUAUCCGAGAAUUCUACGCCGCCGUUACCGCCACACCCGUGCCAUACGGCACUGUCAAUGUCAAGCCCACGCAUGGAACAUUGUCCACCGAGGUCGCUCCAUCUAACCCAUGGCUGCCGAUUCUCCAAACGACAAUUGUACAUCAGGACGAUCAUAUUGGCAAGCUGCAGAGAGCAUUGGCUCACUUCGCGACAAAGUACGGCGACCGGCCUAAGGGUCAUCUUUCUGUUCUCGCCGACGUUGAUGAUGUUAGUCUGGAUGGUGUGGAGGUCCUUGACGGUACCUUAUUCAUAAGGGCUGCUGGACUCACGGCGAAUGAGCUUGGGUGGAUGAAAGAGGGGCAAGCGCGCGGAGAAUGGUCCAUCGACGCGUUUUAUUGA